AUCGAUCGCAAAGUUAGCUCGAGGCGGCCAGACGCACCAAAUAUAACAACUACAUCUACAACAACAGCAGCAGCGACAACAACAACAUCAACACCAACAACAGCAGCAGCAGCAGCAACGGCAAACACUCACGCGCAGUUCACAACGCAAUUCGAAUUUGGCAGUACGACAUUAAAUCUGCAAAUAAAGCAAAAAAGACCAAAACAAGUGCCAAGCAUCUCUCUCCAGCGCUAAUAAGUCAAAUACGUCCAAACCAACAAAUCCAAAUAAAUCAAACCGCAACAACAACAACAGCAACUACAAACAGUUAUCAGUUUUCAGUAUUGAAUAUAUUGUGUGAAUAAUUUUAUGAAUUGCAUUUGCAACUGCAACUAAACUCCCAUUAGUACUGCGAAUUCAAAUUGACAAAUUGACGCGCGCAAUUCACACGAACCACUGCACAACACUGCGACUGUUAAGGAACUGUUAAAGGCGCUGUUAGCUAGCAGCCCCAGUUGUCAGUUUUUCUUGUGUGCUUGCGCCGCGUGUGUGUGUGCGUUAAGUGCUGCAACUAAAGUUCGCGGAUUAUUUUGUUACUAAUCAUACAAAGAUUAAACAAAUCAAUCUACCGUUGUACGUAUCACGCUGCAGCGCGGGCAGCAGACGCGUCUGUGCAAAUAACUGUAGCGUCGCCAGCCGCAAACAGUGCAAACAGCUGACGGCCCGCUACAGCGACAGCGACAAAGCCAGCGGUAAAAGCAAAGGCAGAGGCAAAGGCAAAAGCAAAGCAAAAACAGCAACAACGUGCGUGCGCGCCUCUCUGUGUGAGCGCGUGUGUGUGUGUGUGAGUGUGUUUUUUUGUGUUUAUUUUUGGAAUUAAAAAGCUAGCAGCCGAUUUGUGAGUGUUUUGGGGGGCGCAAAAGUAAAGCUAAAACCCAAAAUCUAAAAUCUAAAAAGUGUGCCGCAGCGGCAAUAAUAGACGCGCGUGGUGCCUUGGAUUUAUUGUACGGCUCCACGGUGGAGAACUUUUACCUUAGAAUGGAUCCAGCGCGCGGUGACUCGCGCUAUAACCUAAACUACUCGAUGAGUAGUAUAGGUUUGAGUCUCGCCGAUCAGGCGGACAUCUACGGCAAUCCCGCUGUGGCGGCGCUUGGCGCCCGACCACCCAGCGGCGGCUUGCUGCAGAACAUGGGCGGCGGCGGCGGAGGCGUUGGUCUCGCCAUGCAACGGCCCAAUCCGGCGGCAGCAGCAGCGGCGGUGCAGCAACAGCAGCAGCAACAACAGCAACAGUGCCAAACUCUGGGCAACAGCCAAACGCACAGUCCUCAACAUCAACAGCAACAGCAGCAGCAGCAGCAACAACAGCAGCAACAACAACAGCAACAACAACAACAGCAGCAGCAACAAUCGCGCGGACUGAAACGCAGCGGCAGCGAUUGCUAUGAAGAUCACCGAUCAAGCGGUGGCGGCAUGACGUUGCAGGGGUUGGAGAGCUGCGCUGCAGGCAGCGUCGCUGUUGCUGGCGUCGACGUUGACGGCGUCGAUGGCUACAAUGCGCUGCCCAAUAAGAAAUCACCGCCCGCAAAUGGCAAAAAGACAAAGGGACGCGUCAAAAUCAAAAUGGAAUACAUUGACAAUAAGCUGCGUCGCUACACAACGUUCUCGAAGCGCAAGACGGGCAUCAUGAAGAAGGCCUACGAACUGUCGACGCUGACUGGCACCCAGGUGAUGUUGCUGGUGGCCAGCGAGACGGGUCAUGUGUACACAUUUGCCACGCGCAAGCUGCAGCCGAUGAUCACCUCGGAGGCGGGUAAGCAGCUCAUACAGACGUGCCUCAACUCGCCGGAUCCGCCCAGCGUCGGUGGCGGCGAUCAGCGCAUGUCCGCCACGGGCUUCGAGGAGACGGAGCUCAGCUACAACAUCGCCGACGAGGACUCCAAAGAUGAUCGAUCGCCAACAUCUUCGGGAAAUGAGUCCGAUGAUUCGUCGGAUGUGGAGAUGCCGAGCACGGCGGCAGAUGCGGAGGCUGUUAAAUCUGGGCCUCUUGAACUUAAGUGUGAGCCAACAGCGAGCUGCUCCUCAGCGACAGUCGCGACGACUGUUGGCCCCAAGCCAAUGCCAAUAGCAUUGAAUUAUCAGACUGAGACUGGACCAUCCACAUCCACAGCAGCACUGACAGCAGCAUCAGUGGCAGCGGGAAGCAGCGGACUAACUGCAGCCACGUCGUCUGAUAAUAAUAAAUACGUUUAUCCAGCGACAUCGUUUGCCAACAUACCUCCCGAUAUGCUGCGUCAGCUGAUCCAAGCGGGCCAGUUGCAAGUCCAUGCCGAAGAGGAUGGCAACCAAUAUGUGACUAUACCGCUGAGCUCCACAGCCGCCAGCUACAUCAAGGGCAAGUCCGCAACGGCUGCGAACACAGUGAACACCAAUCCCAACCCGAAGUCUGAGAAGAGUGCCGAUAAAACUCUGUCCAUCAAACAGGAGUACGAUUAGCCUCCCAAAAUUUACAAAUUGCUUUUAUGACAACAUUUUGAAUACAUGUAAAUCCCCAAGCAUAAAUCAUAAACAUAACAAUAGCGAUAACAGGAACGAUCCAAGUCUAUCCAUUGUUAGACCGCACUUGCUUCUUGUGGCGGCAUAGUCAUAAGACCGAUUCAUACAGUACAGUUUAUACGUAUAUCAUAUUUAUAUAGAAUAUUUUUCUACCUUUAUAAAACCCAAGCUGGCUGCAGUUCGUUGGCUUUGGAUAUCUGCCCCCAGAGAGCUGUCAAAGGCAGAUUAUACUUACAUAAGUUACAUAAAGUUUUGAAAGUUUUGCAUCGAUGAGAUUGAAUAACAGAGAUCAGAUCAGAUCAGAUCAGAAGAGAUCAGAAGUUUGGCAGAAUGAUGUUCCUAAGCUGCAGAUAUAAAGUUGCUUUGUUAAUAGUUUAUAUUGUUUUAUUAUAUUUACAGAUAAACCAUUUUUUUGCAAAACAAUAUGAAAAUGUUUCUAAAUUGUAUUUUUAAAUAAA